AUGAAACUAAAUAAUAUUCUUUCCAAGACAAUAACUGUUGCAAGCAUUAUUACAAAUUUAGUAAACGCUUUGCCAACUACAAAUUUCUUUUCAAGAGAAACUACGUGCUUGGCUGCAACUAAUGGCUGUCCUCAUCUAGAUUUUGGUCAUCAUGCCGAAGUUACAAACACUUUAAGAUACUAUAUGUCACUUGAUUGUGUGACACCUGUUGCUGACAACACAUAUGAAAUUACAAUACACGUAACAGGCGAGGAACAAAUAGAUCUUAAAUAUCUAUAUUCGCUAAAAAUAAUUGGUGUCGACGGCCCAGAAGGCACAGUUCAAUUAUACGGAUAUAAUGAGGAUACGUAUCUAAUAGAUAAUCCAACAGAUUAUAAAGCCACUUUCCAAGUAUACGGCAAUCCAUCAAAAGAUGAUGAUUGCGAAAUUUGGAUGCCAAAUUUUGAAAUUCAAUAUGAAUAUUUACAAGGCAACACUUCUCAGUAUAAUCAAACUUGGGAAUGGGGUGCAACUGCUUUCGAUUUAUCUACAGGUUGCCAUAGUUACGAUAAUAAUAAUAUUUCACAAACUGAUUUCCCUGGGUUUUACAGGAGAUCACCAAAAUGUGAGGAUGUUAAGGUAACUACGACUAUCUCCACUGAAACUACGACUACAACUACUACUGAAGAAACCUCAACUACUUCUGAAGAAACCUCAACUACUACUGGAGAAACCUCAACUAUUACUGAAGAAACCUCAACUAUUACUGAAGAAACCUCAACUACUACUGAAGAAACCUCAACUAUUACUGAAGAAACCUCAACUAUUACUGAAGAAACCUCAACUAUUACUGAAGAAACCUCAACUAGUACUGAAGAAACAGCCACUACCACUACUGACACUUCUUCUACUGUUACUUCCUCUACCUCAAGUUUUCCAGGGUCCGUGCUCGACUCUAGCCGUGUAGAAUCCUCUACUGCUACUGACAUUUCUUCUGCUGUUGCUUCCUCUACCUCUAGUUUCCCAGGGUCUGUACUCGACUCUAGCCGUAUAGAAUCCAGCCCAGUACCAUCUACUGAAAGCGGUUCCGUGUUAUCCCCAGCCGAUUCUACUGGAGUUAUUUCGUCUUCCAUUACAGCUACUUCUGUUGACUUAAGUUCCGAUAGCUCUAGUAUAAUAAGUUCUGCCUCUCCAACUUCAAAUACCAAAGCUUCAUUCUCGCAUACUAUCAGCACUAUUUCUUCAACUGCUGAAUCUACCUCGGUCAUUCACAACCCUUCUUCGUUAAAGGAGGUUACUUUCUCUAGCACAGCGUACUCCUCUUUAUUGACUUCUUAUCCAUCACCUUCUGACACAACUCAAAGCGACAGAAAUGUGGUCCACUACUUCUACUCCAAAUAG